UCUUGGGUGAGGGCGGAAGGGGCCGGGACAGGGACGUGGCCGGGGCGCGGCUAUGGCGGCGGCGAAGCCCGGGGGAGGCGCCGGCACCAACCUGCUCUUCUCGUCCUCCGCCACCGAGUUCAGCUUCAACGUGCCCUUCAUCCCCGUCGGCCAAGCUCCGGCCGCGCCGCCCGGCCCCGCGCUGCUGCCCGCCGAUGAUUCUGCAGACGUUGGGGAAGAGGACAGCUUCUUGGGUCAGACAUCAGCCAGCCCCAACCCACCACAGACUUUCAGCUACUUCUCUCAAGUUCCCAGCAGCAGUGAUCCCUUUGGGAGUAUUGGGCAGCCACCCUUAACAACUGUUUCAACACCUGUCGGAGCACCAGCCUUCUCCAGACCUCCCGCUUCACUUCCACUCGUGUCUGGCUCCCAGGAUGGGCAAAACGCCUUUUCACCACAUAUUCCCAAAUCCCAGUCUUACGGUGCCCCACCCGCUUCCCAGGUGGGAAUGGCGCCGUACCAGCCCCCUCAGCAGAGCUGUCCCCCACCUGCCAGCACUGCCCUGCCCGUGGGCACCCCACAGCAGCAGGGCUACAACCCCUACAGGCACACCACCCUGAGCAGCAGGGCCAACCCUUACCUCACCCCACCCCAGCUGCAGCAGAGCCACCCCCCUGCCACAGCGUCCCCCGUGCCACCCGUGCAGAUGUACCAGACCCCCCCGGGGCCGCUGACACAGUUCCCACCGUCCCAGUCCCAGCUCCAGCCUGCCAGGCCUGCAGGGCCCCUGGUCCCAGCCCCUCCUGUGCUGCUGCAGAACCAGUACGAGCCAGUUCAGCCCCACUGGUUCUACUGUAAGGAGGUGGAGGACAAGCAAAUAUGGAUGCCAUUCAGCAUUCUGGAUUCUGCAAGACUAGAGGAGGUCUAUAAUUCUGUCCAGCCUGACCCUGAGAGCGUGGUGCUGAGCACGGACGGCGGCCGCUACGACGUGUUCCUGUACGAGCGCGUGAGGAAAGCCGUGUACUGGGACGAGGAGCCCUCGGAAGUGCGGCGCUGCCUGUGGUUCUACAAGGGAGACAAGGACAGCCGCUUCAUCCCUUACACUGAGGACUUCAGUGACAAGUUGGAGGCAGAAUAUAAAAGGGCUGUAACUACCAAUCAGUGGCAUCGGCGACUGGAAUUUCCAAAUGGGGAGACAAUUGUUAUGCAUAAUCCCAAGGUCAUAGUUCAGUUCCAGCCUUCUACCACACCAGACGAAUGGGGCACCACUCAAGAUGGGCAGGCAAGGCCAAGGGUAGUGAAACGUGGAAUUGAUGAUGACCAUGAUGAGAUUCCUGAUGGAGAAAUGUCCCAAAUUGACCAUCUGGUAUUUAUGGUUCAUGGCAUAGGUCCUGUAUGUGACUUGAGGUUUAGAAGCAUUGUUGAAUGUGUUGAUGAUUUUAGGACUGUUUCUCUGAAGUUGUUGCAGACUCACUUUAAGAAGUGUUUGGAGGAACGCAAAGUGAGCAGGGUGGAAUUCCUUCCAGUUCACUGGCACAGUUCUCUGCAUGGAGAUGCAACUGGUGUAGACAGGAACAUAAAGAAAAUCACUUUGCCGAGCAUUGGUCGCCUGAGGCACUUCACCAACGAAACGCUGCUGGACAUCCUGUUCUACAACAGCCCCACCUACUGCCAGACCAUCGUGGAUAAAGUGGGCAUGGAAAUGAACCGCCUGUACGCGCUCUUCAUGAGCCGCAACCCCGACUUCAAAGGGGGAGUCUCUGUGGCUGGGCACAGCUUAGGUUCCUUAAUUCUAUUUGACAUAUUGUCUAACCAGAAGGACUUGGCUUCAUCAGUAAAUUCUGGACCAUUCUCUGGUGUUAAUGGGAGUGUGAAGGACGUUCAUGAUAAACAGAUGACUGAAGAUACCAGUUCCUUGGGCUCCUCCAUUGCUACUUCUGCUGAUGACCUUUGUGAGGCUGAAGCAGAGGAAGAUGUUCCCACUCUGCAGAGGACUCUGGAAAUGCUCAGUUUGUCAGAGUACGUGAGCACCUUCGAAAAGGAGCGGAUCGACAUGGAGUCUCUGCUCAUGUGUACAGUUGAUGACCUGAAGGAGAUGGGGAUACCUCUUGGACCAAGAAAGAAAAUAGCUAAUUUUGUAAAAGACAGAGCAGCCAAGCAGGAACAGAAGAAAGCAGUAGCAGAAAAGAAAGCAGUGCUGGCUGCCACGCUCCAGACUCAAGAAGAUGCCCAGAAAUCAAAAGAGACAGUUUCUUCUGUCUCACCUUCAGAGUCUGGUCAGAUGCACACAAAGAGGAAGCUCCCAGUUGGUGCAUCUGUGUCUUCUGUGAACAUUGACUAUGAGUAUUUUGAAGUUGGAACUGGCCAGGUUUCUGUGGUUUACAGUGCACUGGACUUUGAACCAGAUAUUUUCUUUGCUCUUGGUUCCCCUAUUGGUGUGUUCCUUACUGUGAGGGGUGUGGAGAAGAUUGAUGAAAACUACAGGCUCCCUACCUGCAAGGGGUUCUUCAAUAUCUAUCACCCACUUGAUCCAGUAGCUUACAGGUUAGAACCAAUGAUCAUUGAAGACAUGGAUUUAAAACCAGUUCUCAUUCCACAUCAUAAAGGCAGAAAAAGACUUCAUCUGGAGCUGAAAGACUCUCUGUCUCGUAUGGGAUCUGAUCUGAAGCAGGGCUUUAUUAGCUCUUUGAAGAGUGCGUGGCAGACCCUUAAUGAGUUUGCACGUGCUCAUACAUCUUCAACCCAGCUGCAAGCAGAGCUGGAGAAAGUAGCUAACCAAAUUAAAGAGGAGGAAGAAAAGCAAGUGGUGGAAGCUGAGAAGAUCACUGAAAGUCCAGACCCUCCAAAAGACGAAGAUGUUUCAGUGAAGGUUGGGAUGCUGAAUGGAGGGCGUCGCAUUGAUUAUGUUCUACAAGAGAAACCAAUAGAAAGCUUCAAUGAGUACCUGUUUGCUUUGCAGAGCCACCUGUGCUACUGGGGAUCAGAAGACACUGCCUUGCUGUUUCUCAAAGAGAUAUACAGGACCAUGAAUAUCAAUCCUGAGCAGCCACAGCAUUGAUGUAUAAAAACAUGAAUUUCCAUACCCGUUGCUCCAGCAGACCUGGUGAAAAACCCUCUGAAGAACAUCUGGUAUUUUCAGAGUUGCACAUGAGAGGAUAAACAUCAGAGGCUUUUUUCCUGCCAGUCCAGAACUUGCUUGGAUUCUACCUUCUUGUGUCACUUCAAGCAAACUUAAGUUAUGAGACGAUCAGGACUGUCAUUCAGGAGAUGGAUGGAAUGACACAGUUUUGAUCUUAAAUCAGCUCAGUUGUACCAUUGCCAAAUACAAGGUGAUUGAAGAAAGGUUUUUUGGCAUGCAAAUCAUAACUUCUCUCCUUCAGCUCUCCUGUCUCAGCUGGCUGCCAGACAUGCUUUGCCUACCAAGGCAGCAUGUCCUUAGUAAAAAGGACUUGAUGAGAAACAGCAAUAAUCUACUUUUCUUGACACAUUUGUUCAUUCCCCUUUAAGAAAUGAAAUGUGAACUGAAGUUAUAACCAUCUUUAAUACAGAUUACACAAACCAGUUCAUAUUUACUAAAAACUAGCAACCAGAAUCAUUUUCUUACUAUUGUAAGUGUGAUGGAGAUUAUUUUAUAAAGACCUUUUUAAGCCUCUGUUAAGAGUUUUAUUGUGGCUUUUUUUUAAGUAAAAAUGAACUUUUGACUUUGAAAAUAUUAGAAAUUUGUUACAGCUAGUUCAGUGUUCACAUAUCCUGAAAUGAGGAAUGAUUUAAAGUGACAUUUUGAUCUGGUAAUUAUAGAAUCACAGACUAUUCUAAGUUAAUUAAGGCAAUUUUAGUGAAAAUAGGCUGCAGUUAUGAGAACUAAAACAGUUACCUUGACCUUGCAGUUUAACAUCUCAGAACUGUUACUGUAAAUAGGAACCUGAAGCUUAUGGGUGCUGGAUAAUGAUCUAGAUCCAGCCCUGCAAUCCAGACUCCAUUUUCUUGUAAUGAGGUUGAGGUGAGUUAGGUAUUGUGAAACCCUUGGAAUUAAUGUCUCUGAGUACUGAGCUUCUGUAGCUUUCCUCUGGCUUCAAUUUACACACACAUUGUGGCUUUCCUUAAUAUUAGUGACUUAUACUUAUUCCUAACUAUUUGCCUCUGUUGUUGCAGUAAACAAAUUUUGAAAUGCAGUAUGGUUUUUUUUUUUUCCUUGAUAUAUGUAAAAUACACAUUAUUGUGUAUAUAAAUUGAUGGCUGUAAUUAAAAUUACCUUAUUUCCA